AUGCAUUCAUCAUUUAUAUUUUUAACGAUUUUAAUUUUUUGUAUUAACGAUGGUUUAACAAUCAAUUGUUCUAAAUCGUCGGCAAAAUGGUGUCGAAAUAAAAAAAUUGCUCGAGUUUGUGGUAUAACUGAACAGUGUAAAAAUUCUGUUUGGAAAAAGCAGAAUCAGAAUGGCAAAGUCAAUUUUACACUUUAUUAUGAAACACUUUGUCCCGACUGUCGACAAUUUAUGACAACAGAACUUUGGAAAGCAUAUCAAACGAUUUCCGACAUUGUCAAUAUCACGAUCGUACCUUAUGGAAAUGCACGUGAAACAUAUGAACCCAAAACGGAUCUUUAUCAAUUUAUUUGUCAACAUGGUCCCAAUGAAUGUUUAGGAAAUUUGAUUCAUACUUGUGUUCUUAAUUAUUAUCCUACUAUUGAUCAAUAUAUGCCAUUUGUUUAUUGUACUGAAUCGACCGCAGGUGAUGUGCCAACUGUUGCUAUGCAGUGUGCACAGCAAUCGAAAAUUGACUUCAAUAAAAUUGACGCAUGCACUAAGAGUAAAUUAGGCAACCAAUUGCAACAUAUAUAUGCUACUCAAACAGAUAGUCUUCAACCACCACAUAAAUAUGUACCUUGGAUAACCGUCAAUGAUAAACAUACGGAAAUAAUGCAGCAUGAAGCAGAGAAAGAUUUAAUUAAACUUAUAUGCAAAUCUUAUAAAGGUUCAAAUCCACCGGCUGAAUGCAAGAAACACCUAUAA